AUGGCUGCGAACUACCGCCAAUCCAGCCAGCCCAUCCACACAGAGCGCCACGUCCGCAUCGUUUGCAUUGGAGCUGGCGCAUCUGGGUUAUUAUUUGCAUACAAGCUGCAGCGGAGCUUUUCGAAUUUCUCCCUUGUUAUCUAUGAAAAAAACCCGGACAUUUCUGGGACAUGGUUCGAGAACCGGUAUCCAGGCUGCGCCUGCGAUGUGCCGUCGCAUAACUACACCUGGUCCUUUGAGCCCAAGACCGACUGGUCAGGGACCUACGCAAGCAGUAAAGAAAUCUUCAACUACUUUGACUCGUUUUCACGCAAGUACGGGCUGCGCCAGUACUGCCGCAUGCGCCACCAAGUCAUCGGGGCCGUAUGGGAUGCUGGAAAAGGCGGAUACGAUGUGCAUGUCCAAGACCUGGAAUCUGGGCGACAGUGGAAUGACUCGUGCGAUAUCCUCAUUAACGCCGGUGGCAUCUUGAAUUCGUGGCGAUGGCCGGCCAUUCCAGGUCUGGAGCGCUACAAGGGGACGCUGGUCCACACAGCGAACUGGGAUGACUCCAUUUCACUGAAAGGAAAGCAUGUCGGGCUCGUUGGCAAUGGCUCUUCAGGCAUCCAGGUGCUGCCGGCCAUUCUCCCGGAGGUUAGCAAGAUCACAACAUUCAUCCGCGAGCCAACGUGGGUGUCGCCCGUCCAGGGCCUUGAGCAGCACAUCUUCUCAAGUGAGGAGAAGCAGGCCUUUGAAAGGGACUCCGAGACGUUGACCGAGUACCGCCGGGGUAUCGAACGAGGCAUGAACGGCCAAUUCGCCAUUUUCCUGCGCGGCACCCAAGGCCAGAGGGAGACGCGGGAAUACAUGACCCAGCAGAUGAAGGAGAAGCUACACAAUUUGGACUUGGAAAAGGUACUAAUCCCGGAGUGGUCUGUCGGAUGUCGACGCAUCACGCCAGGAGUCGGCUAUCUGGAGUCUCUGGGCGACACCAAGGUCAACGUCGUGUACGGCAACAUCGACCAGGUCACCGAGCAAGGCUGCAUCUGCGACGACGGCAACGAGUAUGCAGUGGACGUCUUGAUCUGUGCCACGGGGUUUGAUACCUCGUUCCGGCCACGGUUCCCCGUUAUUGGGCCGAAUGGCAACAAUCUGCAGGACCAGUGGAAGGACGAGCCGCAUUCGUACUUUGGCAUCGCUGCUGCUGGAAUCCCCAACUAUCUGACCUUCCUGGGUCCCAAUAGUCCUAUUGGAAAUGGCCCUGUUCUGUCUGCAAUCGAAGCCCAAGCAGACCAUAUGAUGAAGCUGAUUGACCGGUACCAAACGACCAACAUCAAGAGCUUCGCACCCCGGGCUGAAGCAGUCCAGGACUUUAUCGCCUUCAAGGACGAGUUCAUGCGCAACACCGUCUGGGCGGACGGCUGCCGCUCGUGGUACAAGGCCAACCAGGCAGACGCCCCUGUCACAGCCCUGUGGCCGGGGUCGACGCUGCAUUAUAUCGAAGCGAUGGACGAGUUGCGACUCGAUGACUGGGAGGUCAAGUAUAAUGGCAACCGAUUCGCAUGGAUGGGCAAUGGCUACAGCCAGACCGAGGUCGAUGAGACGGCCGACUGGGCUUACUAUAUCCGCGACCGCGAUGACGGCGAAUACACGAGUCGAGGGAAGAGACUGCGAAUCCUGAACAAGUCUGGGACUCGCCAGCCAGAGGCCACUUCAUUCACGGUCUUUCCACGGAUCUAG